AAAAUUCCUAAGGUGAGCAUUCCAAAACUAACACAUCAGUCAACGCCUUCAACCUGAGAAUCCAAUAUUAUGCCAAUACUAAAGUACUAUGCAUAAGAUCAGAGCAAUGAUGAAUCAAUAAUUUGUACCAAUUAACAUUCCCACUUCUCGUAUCUGUCCACUACAUUUAUGUACCUUCCCUUUUCCAAAUAAGAGAAUCCAUCAGUGCCUGUGGGAUGCUUAUGAUCGUUUCUGGAUUGGAUCAACAAUGUAUAUACAGUUGUACUAGCAUGUAUAUGAUAUUGGUUUAAUAUUAGUGGAGUAGAUGAUGAUUAUAGAUGGCUAGAAUUUACGACAACUGGGAAAGACUUGUAGAUGCCACAAUCCGCAGAGAGCAGUUGAGACUCAGCGCUCUAAGGACCCCAAGUGACCUUUCCUUAGCAGCAUCUGUGUCAUCUUCCCCCUCGUCCUCCUUUAGAUUCAGUGAUUUCAAUUUUCCCAUCAUUUCGGUCGGGGAUUCAUUUAGUUAUGAACAAAUUCUUCGAGCCACUGGGAACUUGAACGAGUCCAAUCUCAUCAAGCGUGGACACUCGGGGGAUCUCUUUUACGGUGUUUUUGAAGAUGGGAUUCAGGUGGUGGUUAAGAAGAUUGAGAUUUCAAGCUCAGUCAAGAGGGAGCUGGCGUUUAUAUCAGAAGUGGAAGUUCUUGGCAAGGUUUCACAUUCUAGAUUGGUCCCUUUCCUGGGGCACUGUUUUGAGAACAUGAAAGAGGGGUUCCUUGUUUACAAGUACAUGCCAUUUAAGGAUCUGUUUUCCUUGUACUAUAAAAAAACUGCUCCAGAACAUCACGAAGAUUUAACGUCGUUGGAUUGGAUAAAGAGGUUGAAGAUUGCAAUUGGAGCUGCCGAAGGUCUGUGCUACCUACACAAUCAUUGUCAUCCGCCCCUUGUUCACAGAGAUAUUCAAGCUAGCAGUAUACUUCUUGAUGAUAACUUUGAGGUCCGGUUAGGAAGCCUUACUCAAGUAUGUUCUGAAGAAAAAGACAGAACCAGUCCGAACACGAUUGCCAGGUUCCUACGGUUGUCAAAGGGAUCUGAACAAGGCACUUCUGGGCUAGGUGCAUCUGAUGGAACUCGUGCCUAUGACGUUUAUUGCUUUGGAAAGCUUCUGCUUGAACUAGUUACUGGCAAACUGGUUAAGGAUACUUCCGAUAACUCCAGUAUGGAGGAUUUGAUUGCAAAUACUCUGCCUUACAUCAGUCCAUCCAAUAAGAAACUUGUUUUAGACAUUUUGGACUCGUCUUUAAUCGUAGAAAAGAAUGUUUCAACGCAAGUUUGGGCAGUUGCUUUUGUUGCCAAGGCCUGCCUCAGUCCAAAGCCUUCUAAGCGACCUCAAAUGCCACAGGUUCUGAUAGCUUUAAAACAUGCUAAAAGACCAAGUUUGACCAUUUCUGAAAAUCCAGGUCUGACAAUGACAAAAACACUUGAUGGAUCUGAAAUAACAGGCAGCGGAACAUCACCUGAGAACAACAGAUUUGUGGAAGCUGAGAAGUCUUAUCAAAGGGGGGAGAUUUUGGCCCACCCAAAUUUAAAGAUUUUCACUUAUUCAGAACUCAUGGUUGCUACUAGAGAUUUUGCAGAGGAUACGGUACUGGGAAGAGGUGAACAUGGGAGAGUAUACCAAGGGUGGCUUGAUAACAAGUCAAACAGUGACACCCCAUCGGUAAUUGCUGUUAAGAAACUGGAUUCUAAAGAAACGCUAGGAUUUGGAAAAUGGAAGUCUGUCUUGAACACGCUUGGAAGGCUGUCUCAUCCUAAUGUCACGAAGCUCCUUGGAUACUGCAGCAAGAAUAACGAGCUGCUACUUGUAUAUGAGUUUAUGCAAAAGGGCAGCUUGGAGAAUCACCUCUUCAGAAGGGACUCUGCAGUUCAGCCACUUCCAUGGAACAUAAGAUUUGAGAUUUUAAUCGGAGCAGCACGAGGUCUGGCUUUCUUGCAUGCAUCAGAGCUAUAUGGUUUCUUUACCCAAAAAGGAAGGAGGCAAGGUUUCUACCAAUUCUUUGAGCCCUCAAACAUAUUGCUUGAUAGUUCCUACAAUGCCAAGAUAUCUGGUUUUACGGUGGCAAAUGUGUAUCCUCCUGAAGUCGUUGAUGGAAAACAUCCCUUUUUUUAUGUCACAGGACGUUAUGUUUAUUGCGCUCCUGAAUGUAGUCCGCUAUCAGGAGACUAUUUGUUGUCUGUGAAGAACGAUGUAUAUGGUUUUGGUGUCGUAUUGAUCGAGAUGCUAACAGGGUUAUCUGCAAAAAGCAAAUAUGGUCUAGUUCAUUCGGCCAAAUCUGAGUUCACCGCCAAAGGAAACUUAGAGAACCUAAUGGAUCCCCUCUUAGAAGGGAAAUAUCCUUCAAAAGCUGCUCUACAAAUGGCUUAUCUUGCUAUAAGAUGCCUUCAGAAUUCACCUGAAGCUAGACCAUCAAUGAAGAAUGUUGUGGAGGCUCUAGAACACAUUUAAUCUAUUCAGGAGAACCAUAGCUAAAAUAUGUGCACCCCCAAUAUCUAAUCGAUGUCCUCGACAGCCUUUGGAUCAGCAAUGCUCUUCUUCAACAAAAGGAAUGAAGGGCUUCCAUGAUCCAUGAGAUCCACUUCCAGAAUGUUAAUAAUUCAUAUGCACUUCCUAUCCAAAAAGACAGAUCCUUUCACAAAUUUGUCCUGAUCUAUAUGUUUCUUUUACAAUCCCAAAUUGCAAUGGGAUGUUGCGGUGCAAUGGCUUGGACUGUUAUUUUACAAGUUCAAAUCAUAGGCUAGAAUGCUUUUGGCUGAUCUCUUACCAGCUAGUAUUUGGUAAACCUUGGCAGGAUGGCAGUUUUGACUUCUGAUAGAGUGCCUGUAGAUAGCAAACCUUAUUAUGACAUUGAGAAUAUCUCGUGUCUAUACAUACCUAUACUCCAUAUAAAAUUGUCUUGUAUGAUUUACAUUUUUC